UAUAUUAGUUCUGUGAGGCACUACUGUACUCCGCACAGCGUACAUACAGCAGUGCACCUGUGUGUUGUCCGAACAGACUCGCUCUCCCCUCGAACUCUCCCGUUACUUUUGGCAAAUAGAGAACGUGCGAACGUAGGCUACGUGAAAUAAAGAAACAGAUAACAGAUAAUGAUACAUUUUGGUAUAAAUCUACAAGGGGAACUUUAUGGUACCAUGAGCAGGCGGCACACUUCACUAACUAAGAAGAUAACUGACGGCAGUUUGCAGUUGUUGAACUGAGGGGACAACAAACUUGGAUUUGCAAAAUGCGCAGCUGUGUAACCAUUUUCUCUGUGAUCCUCGGAGCGCUCUCAAUGUCCACUGCGUGUCCGUCUGGUUGCCAGUGUUUCGAAGCCUCCGUAACAGUUAAGUGUGUUUCACUGGACCUCCAGACUGUGCCCGGAGGCAUCCCGGGAUAUACCAACCAUUUUGUCAUUACAGGAAAUUUGAUUCCAAGGAUUGGAUACGAGUCUUUUCAGGGUCUGGACAAUGUCACCAAUUUGAUUUUAAGCAACAAUGGUAUCACCGAGAUAGCAUCCCACACAUUCUCCUCUCUAACAAUGCUACGCUCUCUGGACCUGAAUGGCAACCAGCUCGCCCUUAUUCAUCCUGAGGCUUUCAUGGUGCCGGGAAGUCCUCUAGAAGAGCUCAACCUCAGCAACUCUCUCUUCAAUCACACUGCACUCACUGACCUUAUUACUGCGCUCAGGUGGGGCGGCUUGGGGAGCCUCCGUCGCCUCGACCUCUCCGCCAAUGGUCUGCUCCUGCUUCCCCCAGGAAUGUUCUCUCCUCUCCCUAACUUGAGACAGCUGCGUCUGGACAACAACUCUCUGGUUGCCAUCUAUAACGGAACAUUCUCUGGUGUGGAGCUGCUGGAGGACCUGGACCUUACCGGCAACCGCUUCACAGCGUUCAGCGCCGAGGGGCUUCGCGAAAUGGAGAGGCUCGACAGGGCUCGGCUGCGGUUGGGGUACAAUCCAUACCUGUGCGCAUGUGGGACGGAAGAGUUUGCAAACUGGCUGAACAACUCGAAGGUCCGAGUUGGAGACCUAGAGAAACUGCGCUGCGCUUCUCCCGGGCAGCUGCGACACGUCGCGGUACAAGUCCUCAGCGCGAAGGUCCUCCACUGCAACCAGAGGGGUCAGAUGAUGAUGGAAGAGGUGGACGGCCUCAGCCUACAGACAUCCUAUGUGCUCCUGGGGUUGGUCUGUGGAUUUGUGGGUAUGGUCUUUUGCUUCGUCGUCUUCCUCAACCGCAAGGACAUCGAAAAGUGGAUCGUGGAGUUGCGAGACGGAUGCCAGGACAUGAUGGAGGGUUACCAGUAUCGAUAUGAGAUCGACUCAGACCCCAGGAUCAGGCAAAUUGGCGCUAAUGGCAAGUUAGAGAAAACGAACAAAGUCGAAGCGGGCCGCCAGAUACCUACCAAGACUUCUUUGUCACAAAUUCCCGCUGACAUUACAGUUUAAGCAGAGGCAUUUUUUUUGUGAUGGACUCUACACUUUCGUCCUGGAUAUGUCUUUGUGUGACAUAAUACACAUAACACCGUGACUGAUGAAACGUUCAUGCAAUAGGCCUAAACUGCUCUUCAAAAGAUGCUCAGAACUGCCCGUUUAUAAGUUACCAUGCCACUGCACUGCUGACAUCCACUUUUUUCAGACAUAAACUGGAACCAUUACACCAAACCUGUCUAAAACUAAGAAAGUUGUUAAAACGCAAUACUAUGUACACCUUUCCAUAUGAUGUGUAAAGUAUAUAGGCCUAUGUAAAUAUAUAAAAAAAACAUCAAGCCAUCAUUUCUGCUACACUGCAUUGUGCCCCUUCACCCCACUGUGUAUGUGUAUCUGUGCUCCCUCCCGGUCCCACUCCAGCCUAUUGUGCACUUGUCCUCAUUCCCCAAAUGGCUUGGCUCAUAUGGUGUAGUAGGCAGGAUGAUGAAGUGCCAUAGAGGGAGUAAAUGGAGCAGGCUGAUGCUGUGCAUGGGAUCUCCUGAGCCUAGUGACCCUUGCAUGUGCAUGCCUCUGCUUGUAACAUUAUAAAUACAUAUUUACAUGUAGUUUUGUGCUUUCUCCAAGGAGUGUUGCUUAGUGUGGUAUAGCGCAAAUUAGACACGGCAAGUCACCGAAAAUAUUGUCAACAGCAGGUACGACUGAGUUAACCUUAAGAGCCAUUGAAACUGGCAAACCCAAAGUAGAAAAUGCAGGACUGUGGGUUUUGUAAUAAUGGAGCAAACAUGGGAUAUUUAAACCAAAUGAGUUUUUUAAACUUAAGAUGGAAAGCACAGAAGUAUUCUGCUAUACUCAGGUAUAUUUAAUAUGUCAUCAUUGAACACCUUUGCAUAAUUGUGCACUGGUAAAAACUGUCUUUAUGUUAUUCAAAAUGUGCUGCUAUACUUUUUCAUCUCUGCCCGCAUGUUCAUUAUGCUAUGGGUUCAACAGCUGUCUAUGUUUGUUAGUCAUGAUCAUCAUACAGUAAAAUACAGAAUCAUUGUGUGUAAAUUGUAGUCUCCUCUCCAGCACAGCUAUUGACAAACAGUGAAAACUUUGGAUUCCAGACUGAUUUGUGUUUGGAUACUCCUUAAAUUGUUGCCUGCCUCAAGAAGCUGGGUCAGAUUUGUGGUCACUAUUUCCUGUAUUUGUGUGAUGUGUCACUCAUAUAUGGAGCUGCACAACUCAAUCAUAACACUCCGAGCAUUGUUCACAGUGAGUGACUAAGCUGUAAACACAGAGAGCUUGCUUCUCCUCCCUCUUGUCUUAAAACACCUAUGUUUAGAUAGCCAUAUUUAAUGUCAUCAUUGAACACCUUUGCAUAAUUGUGCACUGGUAAAAACUGUCUUUAUGUUAUUCAAAAUGUGCUGCUAUACUUUUUCAUCUCUGCCCUCACAUGUUCAUUAUGCUAUGGGUUCAACAGCUGUCUAUGUUUGUUAGUCAUGAUCAUCAUACAGUAAAAUACAGAAUCAUUGUGUGUAAAUUGUAGUCUCCUCUCCCAAACGUUUUUGAAAAAAUGUAAAGCCACUUUAAUUAUUAUAUCUGAAAUGUGUUUGCCUUUUGCCACAGCAUGUCCAUUUCCAUGUAGCAAACCCUGUUGUGUCUGUCAGGGCUCCCUGCAGUCUUUGCUUCACCACACAUCCGCCUUUGACCUUGGGAUUAUUACCCUCAUCUCUAUCAGUUGGUCAUACUCUGCAGGAACACGAGCAAAACAUGACGUCCAACUGUUUUACUCAGAGGAAAUGGACACGAUAGGACAUUUGAUUUGUCCACUACGAAGUACAUAUGUCCUCACAAAGACAAAUUGAUAAAAUGUCAGUCUACUCACAACAGACCAAUGUCAAACUCCAAUGGAGAACCAAAAUAGUCCACCUUUUGUGAUGGUGUUGGAGAGCUCUAAGGGCAGCACAUAUUUCCCUGAAACAAAUCGGCGGAUAACAUGGGGGUGACAGUGUGACCUCUGCAAAGUCAGCACUAAAAAUACAGGAGGGAUUUAGUCCAUCCUUGCCACCUUGCAAGUCCCCUACUGCAGACCAAAAGUCAUAGGCAAUUGCAAUAGAUUGAAAAAGCGGCAAUGACUUUUGAUUAUUUAUGUAUUUAUUUAUUUAUUUUUAAAUCACAUAAAGGUCUUAUCUGAAUUGUAACCAAGGCCAUAAGUGGUAAACAUUUGUGUGUAACCAUUUUAACUUUUUUACAUUUAGGAACAAGUCUGUUAAUGUAGGCCUGUGUGUUUUAGAGUUUUAUUCAUUUUUUAAAGUGUAGGCUAUUGAAUCCCUUUGAUCCUUGAACCUUGGUCAA